AUGAAGAGGGUCGUGGUUUGCAAUCAAACCAAGUACAACCGGCCGCUCACCCACUCGCUCCACGCGUUCCACUCCUCGCUCCAGACAGUUACCGCGGGCGUCAGGCGACCUCCAGCCGCUGAGACGAGAAGGGGCCGCUCCCCUACCCUCUGGUCCUUAUUCGCUAGUGACCCCACGUCCUUUAGGGUGGAGGGUGCAGCGGCGGCACCACAUAGGCUGGACCACUAUCCGGACUCCCGCAGGAUCGGGAAGUCCUGGACAGGGCGGAGACCGAGGCACUGGGCAAGCAGCUGCCUACGUCGCGAGGCCACGCCGCGAGCUUACCUGAGUCCGGCCGCUCUCGCACGGGUCGCCGCGGGGAGAAGGCGGCCGGCCGAGGUGGACGCCCGCGGGUCCCUCUCCCUUCUCCACCUCCAGCUCGCGGGGCGCCAGGAGGCAGCGACGGCGGCGCAGCCGGCCCGGGACGCUUUACUUGAGGAGGAGGGAACUCCCGGACGCCCGCACCCCGCCGCCUCCCUCUCUCCUCCUCUCGCCGCCGGCCCCGCCCCUCCGCUCCGGAUCGCGCGCGGGGCGGGGGUUGCGGCUACCUGCGCGCGCCCGCUCACCGGAACUCGCGCUCUGCUGUCUGCUUGGAGCGCCUUCCGGCGCGGGAGCUCUGCGCGGGGUCCGCGGGCCGCUGGGAGGCCCGGCAGUGUCUUGCCUGCCGGCCCAACAUGGCGCCAGGGGCCAGGCGGGCUCCUGAGGGGGCGUGAGGAGAAAGCAGCACCGACAUGUGGUUCCCUGCCUUGCCCGCACGCCGACUACCGCAACGGGCGAAGCGGGGCUGGCUCCGCCUGGCUCACCGAAACACUGAGGGGUGUGGGGCUUUGUUUUCGGAGGGUGAUCGGAGUUGGGGUUCUUUGGAGAGAGGUUGACUGUUCAUUUCUCAGCUUUGUGCCUCCGCACCCUUUGUCACUGAUAGUAAAAUCUCAGUCGAACCGCGUGAGCCAUCCGGGCGGUGCUGACACCUUGGUUCUCGUCUGGCCGCAGAAGCUUCCUGUUGACUGUAGGUCGAACCAGCCUUGCCGCGCGAGUAGAACCGGAGCUGAGUUGUGUUGGCAAUUCUCCCAGGAAUGGUGGCUUUCACUUAGAGUGGGACAGCAUUGUAUUUGAUCCUCGUAAUAGGGAACCCGGACAGGCACUGUGACUCUUCUUGACAGCUAUGAAAGCUGACGUUAGGGCCCCUUGAAGUGAAGAAGUCAAGAUGGAAGGAUUUUUGUUUGUUUUCCCUCCGAAGGCCUUGCAUCUUUUUUCUGCUUGCCUUGCAGAAAAAGGAAGAGUUUGGAGGAACUGGGGUACAAGAUUGAGAGGGUCAAAAGACAAUCUAGAAGUACUCAGGCACGUCUGCCUUAUCACAUUGUUAAUUUCUCUUUUGUAUUUCCUCUUUGGUGGGGUUAUUCGAAGUCUUAAUGUGGGACUAUUGGUUUCCUUUGUGGUUUUCAGAGAAGUUCACCAUCAUCUUUGACAUAUCAACUCUGUCAGUAGUCUGGUAUUUUAGGAACUUAAAUGCACACAGCUUUAAAAAGCUUCUUCAGAGAAAGGAACGGGAAUCCACAUGAACAACUAUGUGUGAUGUAGAGCGGUGCUUUAUUCUGCCAUUGACUGGUGCAUUAAGGUUUGUUUGUUGUUUGUUUGUUUUUGUUUUUCGAGACAGGGUUUCUCUGUGUAGCCCUGGCUGUCCUGGAACUCACUUUGUAGACCAGGCUGGCCUCGAACUCAGAAAUCCGCCUGCCUCUGCCUCCCAAGUGCUAGGGAUUAAAGGCGUGCACCACUACCGCCCGGCAAGUUUUUUCUUGAAACUAGAAUGUUAGUUACUUGAGCUGUUGCCUUUCUAAACCUACAGAUAAAAUAGAAAUAUAUUUGUGACCCUAAACUCUCCCAAUUUAAAAGACAACAAACAAAAACCCUCUCAAUAUUAGUUUAACCUUUUUUGAAUUUUUUUUUUAUAUUUUACUUUGUUUUACUUUGCUUGCUUUUUUGAGACAGAGUCUUGUGUAGCCCAGGAUAGCUUUGAACUUGCUGUGUAGCUGAGGAUGAUUUUUGAGCCCCUCCUUCUCCUGUCUCUACCUCCCAGUUUCUGGGGUUACAUGUAGGUUCCAUCACACACAAUUUCUGUAUUUUAAGGUAGGGAGAGAGUAUCAAAAAUACACCUACAACUUAAAUGUUACAUUUAAUGGCGAUUAAUUUUAGAAAUAUUCUUAAAGAUGGUGACAGGAUCUGGGAAAUUUUGCUGUGGGAAAUUUUGGUGUUAUAGAAACUAGCCAUAGCUAAAGCCCUGUUUGUGAAAUGGUCAGGCAAGUGUCGGCUCAUGCCUCCCUCUUCACAGUGUUAUAGUGUGUUAAGACCUAUCUUGAAACCUCUGGGAAAAUCAGCCCUAGGGAGGAAGGGGAAGGCCAAUGGAAAAUUUGAACUAUAUUAGGUAUUUCUAAAACUAAGGUGUUCUUACUUAUCAAAGUUGGCUGGAAGUUUGAAUUAUUAGAAGUUGAACUGAUGAUGACCAAUGGAACCUAUGAUUCUGCCUGGAAAUGUUCUUGUUUAGAAUAAAGUGCUAUCGGGAAGAGAUUUGCCCACUUCACGAA